AAAACGUCACCUUUGCACGAUGGGAGUCGGAGUUUUGCAGCCCGAAAAGCACUUUGCAGCCAAGUUAGACCAAACCUGUUGAAAUCAAUAUGCUGUAAAGGCGCAGCCUCGUCGUGUCACUGAGGCAGGGGUAGGAUUGGUCUGUAGUGCAGAUCCACAGAUGGAAGUGAAGGUGCUUUGAGGUCAUCUGAGUCAAGGCACAUUUAAUCACGGCGAGACACAGCAGUGAUGGAGGGCGAAACUGGUCUGCCACUUCAACAGUUGAUCGCAUCAUUUGACAAUAAGUGUCUGCCAAAGAUCCUGCAGGUCAUCUCAGGAGUCUAUUUCCAAGGAUCGAUAUAUGAACUCUCUGGAAGUGAAGUGUGCUUUUGUACUGGGGAUCUAAUAAAGGUCAUCAAUAUUGAGCUUCAAUCAGUUUGCUGUGAAUACAUCAGCAACAAGGAGGCGUUUGAGCUCCCUAUCAGCCACACAGGCUUGUACAAGGUUGUUCCAGAGGAGAUGCCAUACAGCACGAUAGAGGAGAUGGUGAGUCUGAGGCCUGUAGGUCUGGACUCCUGCCUGCCUUUCACUUUCACCAGCCGCUCUAAGAUGACUUUGGACAACUUCACACUGGCGGCUGGCAGAGAAUUGACGGUGCUUUCUGUUGAGAAGGAUCAGGUCCGCUGCCACGUUCGUGGUGAACAGGAUGUCUCAGCCGAAGUGUGCAUCCCUCUUUCUUUCAGAGGAGAGUUCUACGAGUGUGAGAGCGAGGAGUGCUUCACUCUGGGGGAGAUCAUGUCCUCUGCCUGCCUGCGUAGUCGAAAGUUUCGCACCACCAAAUGUGAACGGCCACUUAUCCUGAGCCCAAUAUACCAAGUCCACGCCAUCAUGAACUUGAGGAAGAAUGUGUUCAAGUUCUCAUCCAGCUCAGAGGUUGAUGUGAUCGAUGUCACAGAGCAGUGCAAAGAUGUAGCUUUUGUGACCCCAUUCAGUCUGACAGAGGUCCUGUCCCAGCCAGAUGAAUCGUUCCCCGUAGUGGUGGAGGUACUGGAAUACCCACAGGCCGACUCUGUGUUCACGUGCAGCUGGCUGCCAGAACUUAGCAAGAGCAAGCACCUGGUUUUCCACAAGAAAGGAACAUCGGACUGGAUUUUAUUCUCAAGUCUGAAGAGCCGCAAGGUGCAGCAGUACUUUCUGGUAUCUCAGCAAUACGGUGGGCGGUUUCGGAGGCGGCCAAGAGAGUUUAACUCUGUGUACGAGCUGUACGUCGCUUCAGUCCAGGCACCGGGUCUGAGGUUGAGUGUCACAAGGAGCUGUGAGGAGGUUGAGGAGGAGGGCCUGCCUGCGCUCACUGUGGGUGAACAGCUAGAGGUUAUGCAUUGUGACACGAUGGAGCUGCCUUGUGGAAGCAGCAAGGAACAGAAGCAGUCCGUGGAGGCACUGAUUUGUCAUCGUCUCCAAGAGCCUGAUGAGGGAGAUGAUGAUGAUGAUGAUGAUGAUGAUGAUAAGAGGGUCCAGCAGAAGGAUAAGAUAGAGGUGAUUUCUCUGCCUCUGUACAUGCAGGCUCACUUUAUGGAGGUGCUCUCAGACAACAAGAAGUACAGACUCAGGGACUUGGAUAAGGAGUUCAGUUUUCCUCUGGAUGUUAAAAUUGUGAACCGGGACAAUGAAAUGGAGACUGAUCCGCUGGUUGGGCAUACAUGUCUCAAAAUAGAAGGGGCCAUAUCAGAGCCCAUCAUCCAGGCGAGUUUUCCCCACAGGCCAGACCACUGUUUUAAGAUCCCAACACAGUGGCUCUCUAUGUCUGUCUCUUUCACCAACGACCCCCUGCCAUGGCCCAGCGAUCAGCCCCCUGACUGCCACGUGGACAGGGUCACCGAGGUGACGGACACAUUCUUUUAUGAAUACCGCAAACGGGGGAACUCGGAUGCAGCUCCUCCUCCUCGGCCACCAAAACGAAAUUUGUCUUCUUCAGACACUUCGAGAAAAUCAUUUAAACCUCCAAAGAAGCCCACCAAAGCGGACAAAUCAAAACUUCGACAAGACGAGAGCAUCACGACCACAGACUUUGCCAAUUUGACUAUAAACAGGAAAAAGAGACCCCCAGCUCCCCCACCUCCAGUUAUUUUCGAAGAUCAACCGCCGCCACUUGCACCACGAAAGCACUCAAUUGACGUGACAACCAGCAAGGCCCUGCCAAACAUGUACGUGAAGAGGGAGGUUUCUAUAAAGACAGCUGUGGCAGAUGUGGACAGUGACCACGACUAUGAAACAGUGGAUGAUAGUUUGUUGACAAUGAUGCAGGAAUCACAAAACAAUGUAAAGUUCUACUAAGAAAUUACAGUAGGAAAAUCUCAUACUGUAGUUUUGUGUUAUUUCUCGACUGCAUCCCAGAGACUCUACAGUCAGACCAAGCAACCGAAUGCUCCAUUAAAUCAGAUAUUGUGUUGAAACUCAUAUUCCCAUGUAAAAAAACAUCUGUAAGGUUGGAUAUUUGAGCUUGAUAUCAUGUUAUUGAGUGUAAUCUAUUAGAGCAAGAUUCAAAACACCCUGAGGAGUUUUUGGUGAACCAUAAAUGUUGUCAAACGUCCAAACAUUCAGGCUUAACUUGUUCCCUGUUCUUCAAGCUUGUUAGUGGCUGAGGUGUUGCUGUGUACAGACAACCACUUAGACCACUGGACAAAUAUUGUAUUUGUAUUUAAAUAAGCAUGUUUAUUCAAACUAAUCCCAACCGUGUGGUAACUUGGGCCUGAAACUAUUUAUUUUGUAUAUAUAAUAGCUUUACAAUGUGCAAUUCUUAAUUACUUAAAAGGUUUUAGCAGGAAUAGUAUGAUACAGUUAAAUUCAAGAAUAAAAAACAUGAAAUGUUCAAUGUACACCUCACUGUCUCAAUAAAUUAAAAUUUUUAAGCAUUGCAAAAUUUAAAUUUUACCGUAUAAGCUUUUAAUGUAUGUCAAACUCAUUCCUUACAUACGUAUACAUGUUUGCUGGGGUAAGCACAAUGGUGGCUUAAUGGAUUCUAUAGCUACAAUAACAGGAGCUCUGCCUUCACAACCAAAGCCAUCAAGUUAAUGUCGAAAACCUUUAAAACCGGGGCCUCUUGUACGUAUUGAGAGUUAUUUCUUUAUUUGCAUUUUGUAUACACAUGUUUACUGUGUUGACCAGUGUCUUCUUACUGUCAGAUGUGCUGGUCUUUAUAUAUCUUGCCAGUUAAGUUAAUUUGCUACAGGUGGACUCAGUAAAAGACAAAAAUCGAAAGCAUAAGCUACAUGAGUCAGUUUGUUG